AUGCCACCAAAACUGAGAAAAAAGAAAAAAUCUCCAACAGCUCCCAAGGGGGACGUUCAAACUAUCAAUGUUGGUACAUCUUCGAAGGGUAUGGAAAAGCCCGAGGAAAUAGCACUGCCUUUCCCAAGGGAACCGUCUGCAGUUUUUAUGGAGGGUGUUGAGUCCACCGAAAUUUCCCCAUCUACGAAAGACAGAGAGGUUACUUCAACCACUCCAAGCGUCGAGGAAAUCAAGAAGUGGAAGCGAGCCGAUGUUAUAAAUUUUUUACAAGAGAAGAAAGAAGAGCUAGACAUCGAUGAUAAGCACAUUCAAGUCAUCAGGGACCAAGAGGUAGCCGGUCAAGCAUUCCUUCUUCUAACCGAAGAAAACCUUAUGCAAGUUGGUUUAUCUCUAGGACCAGCAAAAUCAAUCGCGUAUUUGAUUGAAACUCUUAAAGGUGGAGAAGUGACGCUAAAGCGUAAAUAUGAAGAAUCAACAGAGAAUUUAACCGAGAUUGUAAAAAGUGCGGUGCGUGAAGAAUUCUCCCGGCAAAAACCUGAU